ACCCAUGUCCCGCCUACCGUCUUCCUCCCCGUCCUCGUUGCCUCCGCCCGCCCAAGCACCCAUCGGCCAUCGCAGCCUUCAAAACAAACCCGCGACGGACGACGCCCCCGCCCAUCGCCCCACACAUCUCCCACCAAACCACCCACCCCAACGCCACCUACAAUCUAGCUCCUCGCUCCGAUCGACCAUCCAUGGGGACCAUCACCGCCGCCAAAGCAGCCGCGGCGGCGGCCGUCUUCCAGUCUCCGUGCUCCCCUGCGCCUGCGGCCAGCUUCCCCGCCCGCAGCGUCCGGCCGGAUCGCCGCCGCGCCGUCUCGCUCUCAGUCUCAGGUGUAAGAACUCAUGUUGCAGCUGUUGAACAAGCAGUGGUACAAGAUGCUAUUGCACAGUCAGAGGCUCCAGUUGUUGUUGUUACAGGUGCUUCCAGGGGAAUUGGGAAAGCCAUUGCAUUGGCUUUUGGAAAAGCCGGCUGCAAGGUCUUAGUGAAUUAUGCUCGGUCUUCAACAGAUGCUGAAGAAGUCUGCAAAGAGAUUGAAGGAUUUGGUGGUCAGGCAAUUACCUUCCGAGGAGAUGUUUCUAAUGAAGCCGAUGUGGAUUCUAUGAUUAAAGCAGCUGUUGAUACAUGGGGUACAAUUGAUGUACUUGUAAACAAUGCAGGAAUCACACGGGAUACAUUGUUGCUGAGAAUGAAGAAAUCUCAGUGGCAAGAUGUAGUUGAUCUUAAUCUUACGGGCGUAUUCCUUUGCACACAGGCUGCGACAAAAGUAAUGAUGAAGAAGAAAAAGGGAAGAGUUAUCAACAUAGCAUCAGUUGUUGGCCUUACUGGCAAUCUUGGCCAAGUUAAUUAUGCUGCUGCCAAGGCUGCAGUUAUUGGGUUAACAAAAACAACUGCUAGGGAAUUUGCAAGCAGAAAUAUUACAGUGAAUGCUGUUGCUCCUGGAUUUAUUUCAUCAGAUAUGACCUCCCAACUUGGGGAGGAGAUUGAGAAGAAAAAUCUGAUAACUAUUCCCUUAGGGAGAUAUGGUGAACCAGAGGAAGUUGCUGAUCUGGUUGAGUUCUUAGCACUUAGCCCUGGUGGAAGCUACAUCACUGGGCAGGUCCUCACUAUUGAUGGAGGAAUGGUAAUGUAAAAAGGCUUGAGCGGUCACUGGCAAUCUUCCCGGCAGCUGUAGUAGUAAAAUCAUCAUGUAAUGAACAUCUUUUUUGUGAAGUAUUAUUUACUGUUGAGAUACCCUUACCUAUAAGAGACUUGUUUCUUGUGUAGUUUAUAAUGGUAUUGGAAUAGCUCUAACUCUGUUCGUCUUUGAUUCGAGAUCAAUUGUAGAGCACAUAGAAAUUUUGGACAUUGGUUUCCUUUUUGCGAACAAUAAUGAUGUAUAAUGAUCUCCUA